AUGGAGUUUGAAAACAAGGAAGCCUGCGUCCUCGCCCUGCAACGUUGGCACAUAACACACUGUGUGGACUAUUGGGUGUGUAAGUCUGACAAUGAACGAUAUGUCAUUAAGUGUAAGAAACAAGAAUGCAAGUUCAAGUGCAGAGCUUCAUUUAGACAAAGGAACUCGAAAUGGGUGAUUGGUAAGCUGUCUGGGUCUCACACAUGCACCACAACGUCUAUGGCACAAGACCAUAGCAAGCUCAGUUCAGAAAUGGUUAGCCAUAGCAUCAGAGAACUUGUAAACAGCGACACCUCACUUAAGGUAAAAGUGAUCAUUGCCCAUAUUCUAGAAAAAUACGGGUACAUUAUAUCUUACCGGAAGGCGUUGAUCGCUAAGUGCAAGGCGGUAGAGUCGCUUUACGGCAAUUGGGAAACAUCUUACAACGACCUACCGCAGUGGAUACUGGUAAUGAAAACCUUUCUUCCCGGAACCGUUAUGGAUUUGCAAACCAUACCUGCCAUAUCAAGUGAUGGUUCCCAGAUCUCCGGAAAAAGAACAUUCCUUCGUCUGUUUUGGGCAUUUCGUCUGUGUAUAAAUGGUUUCGCCUACUGUAAGCCCAUUGUGCAGGUAGACGGAACUUGGUUGUAUGGCAAGUACAAAGGAACUCUAUUGACGGCGGUGGCACAAGAUGGCAACGCAAAUAUUUUCCCAGUGGCAUUCGCUUUGGUCGAAGGAGAAACAAAGGAAGCCUGGAGUUUUUUUCUGAGGAACCUAAGAUUACACGUGACACCACAGCCGAAUUUAUGUCUAAUAUCUGAUAGGCAUGAAUCGAUAAAAAGUGCAUACAACAAUCCAGAAAACGGUUGGCAAAAUCCUCCAUCUUCGCAUGUCUACUGCAUAAGACACAUCGCUCAAAACUUCAUGCGCGAGAUUAAGGACAAGGUUCUACGAAAAUUAGUUGUUAACAUGGGUUAUGCAUUGACGGAGGCCUCAUUUAAUUAUUAUCGCGGAGAAAUCAGAAGAUCCAACGCUGAGGCUUUAAAUUGGAUAGACAAUAUUCCUAGGGAGAAGUGA